UAAAAAAGUUAGAUUUUAACAAUUCAAAAUCUAAAAGCGAAGCUUUGUAUGUUUGAACUGAAUGUUGUUCACAGGGAUUGUGUUUGCACCGUAUGGCCCACUGUGGCGCACAAACCGUAAGUUCUGUCACAGCACUCUGCGCAGCUUUGGCUUUGGCAAGCUGAGUCUGGAGCCGUGCAUCCAUGAAGGUCUGACCAUGAUUAAAACAGAACUGCAGAGCCUCAUCGAAAAAUCAGGGCCUUCUGGUAUCGAUCUGACUCCCCUCAUCAGCAAUGCUGUCUCCAACGUCAUCUCCUCCAUGAGUCUGGGUCAGCGUUUCCAUCCCCAGGACCAGGAGUUCCGCACCAUGCUGGAUCUCAUGUCUCACGGGCUGGAAAUUAGCGUCAACACAUCCAUUUUGCUUAUCAAUGUCUUUCCCUGGUUAUACUACCUGCCCUGCGGUGUUUUCAAAGAGCUGCGGCGCGCAGAGAUCGACAUCACGGCCUUCCUGAAGAAGAUCAUCGCGAGGCACAGGGCCACGCUGGAUCCGGAGAAUCCCAGGGAUUUCAUAGACAUGUAUCUGGUGGAGAUGCUGGCCCAGCAAAAGAGCGAUAAUUCAGAACAGAGUUUGUUCUCAGAGGACGAUCUCUUCUACAUCAUUGGAGACCUCUUUAUUGCAGGCACUGAUACUACCACAAACAGCAUGUUGUGGAGUAUUCUCUAUAUGUCCUUGUAUCCUGAUGUGCAAGAGAAGGUUCAGCAGGAGAUUGAUGCAGUGGUGGGAUCUGAGAGAGUCCCGUCUCUGACUGAUAAGGGCAGUUUGCCGUACACAGAAGCCACCAUUAUGGAGGUGCAGAGGAUGACUGUAGUGGUUCCUCUGUCUAUACCCCACAUGGCCUCGGAAACCACAGAGUUCCGAGGAUACACUAUUCCUAAAGGAACAGUUAUCAUCCCAAACCUCUGGUCAGUACACAGGGAUCCCACCGUGUGGGAAAAUCCUGAUGACUUCAAUCCAGGCAGAUUUCUGGAUGAACAGGGAAAACUUCUCAGGAAAGACUGUUUUAUUCCGUUUGGAAUCGGUCGCAGGGUGUGCAUGGGAGAGCAGCUGGCUAAGAUGGAGCUGUUUCAGAUGUUUACCAGCCUGAUGCAGGCCUUCACUUUCAGGCUUCCUGAGGGGAAAUCUGCUCCAUCCAUGCACGGACGCUUUGGCCUGACUCUGGCUCCAUGCCCAUUUACUGUCUGUGUGAAAGCGCGCUGAACAGCCUUUUAAAAAAGAGGCAUUCCUCAAACAAUCAUCACUGGGAAGCAAAUUGCAUGGGUUGUCCAUUAAGAAGAGUUUUCAUUUGGACCAUAAAUGAAGUAAGGGCCUUUGUGGUUGCAUGAUCAAGCAAAAGGUCUGAGAUUAUUGUAUGUAAUUAUAAUUUUUUUGAACAACUUCAAGAAAUGAGAACACAUACCUAAGUAUUA